AUGAAUUAUCUUAUUGCUAUUGUUCUGACUUCUCUGGUGUCUGGGGCCCUUGCCGCUGGUCCUGGUCUCUCUACAGAUCAGAGCUACUGUCCCUCUUGUGUCGGAAACCGCUACACCGAUAUAACAACUGGCCAAUCGGGCUGCUGUCCUAUCGGAACUGUCUAUCAACCAGCAGCCUGUGCCCCGGGAACUCCCACUACGGACAACCCGACCUGCCCAGCCGAUAACGGGAAGAACUAUGUUAAGAAUGGCCUCACGUACAAAGUGUACUGCGAUGUGACAACCAAUCUACCGGCAGAUGGCACGUUGUCUCCCCUCUUUGGUUCCGCUACUUUGCCUGAUGCUAAAGCAUGUGCGGAUCUAUGUGCCUCCAAACCGGCGUGUGGAGAUGCAACAUAUCGCUCAUCUGAUAAAGGGUGCUUCAUGUCGUCAAAUCUCCUGGGGCCGAAUUACCAAGGUACUCCUUUACCCGGAGCCAUUGUACUUGCUAAGCAGUAA